UUUACUUUAAACAAUUAAUUUCUGGGAAAAAAGUGUUUACAUAAUGAACCCACGCAGAUAUUACAAUAUUUAUUUAAAAAUUCACCUCUCUAAAUUAUACAUUACAAAGAGUCAAAACAAACUUUUUCAUGCUGCAUAAAUCUAGUGAAACAAAUAACAACUAAUUAAAACUAGUGAAACAUUUAUAAAUUACAAAGCAUUUAGAAAAAAAAGUUUAAAAAGAGACACAUGAUCAGGCUAAAACUGCAUGUUGUAUCCAUCAAAAAAAAACAAAAAAAACAACUUGUUGACAAGAGGUAGAAAAGCACAAAGAAGUUCAAGUUAACCACUUCCCAUCAGAAAGAACAAACAACCAAAGAAAUCCAGCAGUCAUGUAGACGGAUGUUGUGUUAAAGCAUGGAAAAAAUUGAUGUCAGCCAGUAUAAAAAGUUUAAACGGUUGACUCUGGUGGAAGAGAUCAAGAGCAUUCUUCAAAAAUAUCCUGAUGAUGGCCAAAUCUUCAAGGAAAUAGUCCAAAAUGCCGAUGACGCUGGAGCAACAAAGCUGGUAUUUAUUUAUGAUGAGAAUGAUUAUCGAGAAUGCAGUACAAACUUUUCUUCUCCAGGGUUGGGCAAGUUACAGGGACCAGCACUAUAUUCAUACAAUGAUGCUUACUUCACUCAAUCAGAUUGGGAUGGUAUAAGAUCACUGGGACUAAGCAACAAAAUAAAAGAUCCACUGAAAGUUGGGAGAUUUGGACUCGGUUUUAAAUCAGUAUUCCAUUUAACAGAUUUGCCUACAAUCUCAAGUAAAACAAUUUUUGCAUACCUUGAUCCAAUUGCAAAGACUUUUACAGAUGAGUUGGAAUUUCUUGACUUUUCAAAUUUGGAUGAUAAAAGUAAAUUUAAAAAUUAUUCUGAUUUUGAUCCAUUUAAACAGCUGCCAACAUAUUCUCUUGAUGGAAACGGUAGAUGUGAUGGAACAUUAUUUAGAUUUCCUCUUCGACAAGAGAAGUCGGACAUAUCAAGCGUAUCUUACGACAAUACUCGAUUUAUGAAGUUGAUCAACACGUUCAUGAAUGAUGGAUACAUGAAUCUCCUCUUCCUCAAGAACAUCCAAUCCAUCAAGUUUUAUAAAAUACGUUCUGGCAACAAACAAAUGGAGGAAUUGUAUUCUGUGAAUAUCUCUCAAAGAUGUGUUCAACAGUAUGGCCAGCAAAGAAAAGCUUUUAUUGACAGAUUGACAAACCAGGUUCAGCAAGGCAACUUCCAAGAAUUAACUUUAAAUCAUCAAGUGGACAUUGGGGAAGAUUCAAGAGGAAAGAAGACAUCCUAUUCCUUUAUGUUGAGUGAAUAUUUUGGAUACACCAAAACUGGCGACGAUUUUUAUGAAAUGAUCACAGAUGAAGAGUUAUCCUAUAUACCGCUAGUUGCUGUUGCAAUGCCCUUAGAUUCGAGCGAUGGUGGUCAUAUAUUUUGUGGUCUCCCAUUACCUUUGCGUGAAAAACGUAUGACUGGCCUACCAGUUCAUGUUAAUGGAUUUUUCGCACUUGGACCUGACCGCAAAGACUUAAAAUGGAAAACAAUAUCUUCAGCAGAAAGUAAUGAUAAAUCUGUCAAUUGGAAUUUAUGCUUGAUUAAUAUACUUUUGCCCAUGGCUUAUUUUAAUUUAAUCAAACAUUUGAUUGCGGCAAACGAUGCUAAUAUUGUUUACAAAUGUUGGCCUAAUCACGAUGAAGUAAAUCAUAAAUGGGAGUCAUUUCUCAUUGAGUUGUAUCAAAAAUUACGUAAUGUUCCAUGCAUCUACAUUACCAGUACGAAGAAAUGGGCCCACGUACACAACGUUAGUUUUUUGAAAGAAAACCUCUUUGCGUCUGUAAAUCAAUAUCUAGCAGUGUCAGGUUUCCUUAAAAACAUUGAUGCAAAUGUUGCACAUGUUCCUGAUCACAUCCUGAAAUCUGUUUCAGAUUUUAUUACCUUUGUAAACAAAGACAUUGUAAUUUACCAUCUUCAAGAAAAUUACAAUUUAUUCCACAACAUUUCAACAGACCAGCAAUGUCAUAUAUUGGCUUUUUCCAUUCAAGACACAAAUGAUUUAAAGGCACUGAAUGGAGUACCAAUAAUUUGCAAAGUAGAUGAAAGCUACAAUUCCAUUUAUUAUGAAACAAAAUCUACAUGUGUAUACAUACCAACCAGAGAUCAUCCUAAAGAGAUCUUACCUUCUUUGGUAAAUACCUUGGAUACCUCGUUUUUUGCUGUCGAUAUGGAAUUCUUUAGUAGACUUCAAGAGAUUGCUGCUUCAGGUAAAUUCAACUUGAUCUUAAUGGAUGAUGUUACUACAAGUAUUCGUGCUGUUAAAGAUAAUCUACCUCAAGAAUGGUUGAGCAAGAAUGACAAAGUAUGCUGGCCCGAUAGAUCUAAUUAUCCCACUAAGGACUGGCCGGCGAGCUUAUUGGCGCACAGACAAAGAAAUAAUAUUUCUUUCGGGUUAUUGGAUGGUGUGCCGUUAGUACCUGUAGUGGAAGGUAAUCAAAGGUACUUGUGUAAAUUGAGUACUGCACCAUUAGUUAUGAGUAGUAACCAUAUGGGCGGAUGCAUUCUGUAUAACACGGGCCAAACAGUGGACCCAUCAACUAAACUGUUUCUGCAAAACUGCGGAAUUCUGUUUGUUGCUGAAAAUUUUAUUGAUAGUGGCAUCAUACGUGACCUGUGUAAUGCGGGGAAGAUUUUACUGCCAGACGCCAAUGGAGUUAUUACAAGUAUUGAGAAUUUGUACAACUCAGGUUAUGGACAAAAAGUUAUAAAUUCUGUGGAAGUAUCAUCAGAGGACCAGAAAACAAGACUGAUGGAGGCCAUCGGUGCUUGUGGAAGAAGUCUACCGCGUGUAAUAUACCAGCUAAAAUUACUGAAACCUUAUGGAAGUUCCUCUUAUGUUCCAAUUGGUAAUUGUGUUUUAGUGGAUAGCAGUUGUGUACCAACUGUUUGGAGUGCUGCGUUUGGAAAUCUGAUUGCACAGGAAAGUUUAUCACACCAGCUAUAUGAAAAGUUAAAGAAUUCCCUUACCACCUGGAAUUUUGAACACAUUGUCAACUGUGUGUUGCAAAAUAUAAAUAGGCUAAAUGUUGCUCAAAAGGAUGAGCUUUUCAACUUUUGUGUGCAACAAAUAUCCUCGCGUAAAAUGUCCUCUUCGUUUGUAAAUAACCUUAAACAACAUUUGUACGUUCUGAGUGAUGGUGCAAGGAUUAAACCAUGCAAACUCUUUGAAAGAACUCAACAGUUUCAAGAACUGUUUUGGGGACAGAAGAACAAGUUUCCAGAUGCUAAGUACAACAACAAUGCUUUAAAAAGUCUAGGUUUAAAGACACGUCUCGAUCAAGUGUCAUCACAGGAUAUCGUCAAUAAUAUUUGCAAUAUUCAAAAUUUGGAAAGUUGCAGUGAAGAUGAUGUAAUAAAAAAAGUAUUGCAAAUACUUAGGAUUAGCAGGAACAAUAGAAUCGACAUCUCUUCCUGCAAUGCUGUUAAUUGGAUUCCUAUAAAGACAAAGAAACCUAGGAGUUAUCCAUUAGGUUUGAACUGGUUGGGAUCAAAUGAAUCAGGAACAAAACUGUGUGUAAAACCACCUAACAGCAUUGUUGGGCAGGAGUUUUUACAUCUAAUUGGUUCUCAAUUAUAUGUUGCACAAUCAUCAAUAUCACCUUAUUUAGAAAACGUAACAGUAAUACCACAAGUUUUAACCAUCAUCAAUCAUUUAGAAGUCCUGGUUAAUAGCUACAAUUCUGAUGAAAAAGGGCUUUACAAAAAUCUUGCCUAUCUUAUUUAUCGGUAUUUAGGGCAAUGCGAUUAUCGAGAAGUGGUAAAUUGUUUAGUGCGUAACAAAAUAAAGAUAUGGCAAGGUAAACGAUUUGUAAACAGGGAAGAUAUCUUGUUGAAGGAAACAAGAGUUGGUGUAAGCCCAUAUUAUCAUUAUCUGCCAAACGAUUUCCCUUGUUCAUUUAAAAAAAUUCUUGCCACCUGCGAAAAUUCUAGUAUGGACGAAGAAAGCAUUUACAUUGAUGUUUUAACUAGAAUGAAGGAGAAGCGUGAAGAAGAAAACAAGGAUGCUUCUAAGGAUUUAGAUCUUGCUGUUAGACUUGUUUAUGAUCUGGCAGACCAAUUGGAUUCGCUGAGUGAUGAACAGAAAAAGAAAAUAAAUGUUCCAGUAAAUUCUAAAGUAUUGAAGCUAAGUCCCUUGGAAGAAUGCUUUUACCACGAUUUUGAUGGCAGCAUCUCUUUUAACUCUAUGCUGUCGUAUAACGUCUUACAUCCCAACAUUGAAGAGUCUGUGGCAGACAAACUCGGCAUACCUGAUUUAACGAGUAAGGUUUUGUCUGCUGAAGAUAGUUCCAUGUUUGAAUCAUGGGGUCAACAUGAAGAUCUAACACUGAGACUUAACAAGUUGUUAAAGGAUUACGAAGAUGGCAUGGCUAUACCCAAAGAACUCAUUCAAAAUGCUGAUGAUGCUGGCGCAAGUGAAGUCUGUUUUCUGUAUGAUCAAAGGGAAAAUGAAGACUUAAGAAGUAAAUUAUUUGACAGGAACAUGAAAGUAUGGCAGGGUCCCGCAUUAUGGGUUUAUAACAACGCUGUUUUUAAGGAAGCAGAUUUUAAAAACAUAACCAAAUUAAACGCUGGUACAAAAGAAUAUGAUAACAGCAAAAUUGGUAAAUUUGGAUUGGGAUUUAAUGCUGUAUACCAUCUUACAGAUGUGCCUAGUUUUCUCAGUGGAGACUCGAUGGUUGUAUUUGACCCUCAUACUAACUUUCUUGGUAGGGCAAUAAAGAACACCAGCUCCCCUGGAUUAAGAGUUUGCCUUUCCUCGACUAAGAAAGAUUUAGCACAUUUUCAAGAUCAAUUUAAAGUAUUUCAUGGUAUUUUUGGAGUACAUUCUGAUUUCGAAAAUAAUGAUGUUAAACACUACAAUGCCACCUUAUUUCGAUUACCGUUGCGAAAAUAUGAACAAGCACAAACAAGUAAAAUAAAAAAUAUGGAAUAUACCAAUGGAGAGAUGAAUUUGUUGUUUGACAAAUUUAAAGAAUAUUUAGAUCACUUACUCCUUUUCACAGAGAAUGUUAGAUCUGUGAAAGUUUAUCAAUUAGAUAAAGCAGUCGCGAAUCCAAGUGAAAUGAAAUUGCUUUUUCAGGUGCAAAGACAAGAUACCACACCGAAUUCAAAAAGUGUAAUGAAAUAUGCUGAUUCCAUUUUGAAGCAAAUGAAUCCUGCAUUCUCUUAUGACAUUCCACAUUACGGAUUGACCGAUGUCAUGGUAAUCACAGUAACGAAAGGGAAGAAGAUUGUAGAAAGAAAAUGGAUAUCCAGUUCCUGUAUUGGUGGAAGAAAGUCUUUCCGUCAUGCUAGCAAAAACAAAGGAUUUAAUCCCUGUGGAGGAGUAGCAUGUGAGUAUUAUGUGGAAGAUAAUAAAACUGCUAAGGUAGUAACUGAUUUGGAACAAAGAUUCAUUUACUGUUUCUUACCUCUACCAGAGAUAAGUCAGUUACCAGUUCACAUAAAUGGAGCUUUUGAGGUAUCUAACGAUCGUAAGCAAUUAUCAAAAAGUACAAAUUAUCAAAAACGACAUGGCGCUGCUACUGAUUGGAAUGACCUCCUGGGCUAUGAUGUUGGACAAGCUUACUUUAAUUUAUUAUUGAAAAUCAGAAGUAUGUUUCCCAACAUUGAACUAAAAGAAUGGUUAAAGCUGUUUCCUACUGUUUCAGCGUUAUCUGGAUGCAGAAGCGCAGUACUCGAGACGCUGAAAUCUUUAAUUUAUCAAAUAUUAAACACGAAAGAGGCUAUAUUUCCGGUGACGAAUGGAUGGGUAAAAUGGGAACACAUAAAACUUGUAUCAUCAAAUUUUGGUUCUCCCUUGUCCAUUGACACCGUAUCUUGUUUGAACUGGUAUUACAAUUUGACAGGGAGAAAAAAUGUCUGCGCACAAUUGCCAUCAACAUUUCUAUCACUAUUAAUUAGUUUAGGUUACAGAAAAAACGUACAUGAUCAUACUGUAUCACAAGACGAUUUCUUCAGAGUGUUUUUCGAGCAUAUUGAUAAUCCUAGUUUAGAUCAAUCACUUAGAAAUAAAAUAGUUCUUUACUGUCUUGGAAGAAAGCAGGAUACAGGUCUUAUAAAAGAUUUUUUAUGCACAAAAAAAUGUGUGCCCACCAAGCCGAAUGGAAGAAUGCGUCUACCUUGCGAAUUAAUUCAGGAGAGAAGCAAGGCUGCAGUACUUUAUGAUGUAGAUGAAGACGUUUUUCCGCAGAAUGAAUUUGGAAGUCAUGCAUCAUAUCUGCAAUGUUUGGGGAUGGCCAGUAAUUCCCUGUCAUGGGAAAAGAUAGCUGAUAGAGCAAAAGUUAUCGAAUAUAGCGGUGUUUCAAAAGGUAUUAUUUAUGCUGUUGAAAGAAGUAGAAAGUUAAUUUCAUUUAUUUCCGAUAGUCUUCGUAAAAUACCACCAUCUCCUGAGAUGCUCGAAGCGAUGAAAAACACUUCAUUCGUGCCAUUAAAACAGAAAGAAACAACUUCAAUAUUUUCGAAAUGGUUGAAUGACGACUACGCGUUUGGUGCACCAAAUCAAUUAUUUACAUCAAAAUACGUCAACCUUGCGUGCUGUUCAUCAUUAAUAUGUGAUAAAGAAUACGAUGACUUGCUACACAAUCUAAACAUCCGCAAUAUACCAAGAUAUGAAGUUGUAAAGGAACAAAUAAUCCAAUUGAUAUCUGCUUAUGAAACAGAUAGAAGCAAAGGUGUUGACGCAUGCAGAAUACUUGAUGAAAUGUAUCGUUACCUUGACACGUUAAAGAAUAUACCAUUUGGUGAGCUAACCUUGUUAAAGUUGAUAUAUUCUAAAGAUCAUGAACCUAUUUUUCCAAGACAAGCAUAUUUUAAGAUUGAGCACGAGAUUACAGGUUACUCGUACAAGUUACCAAACAACCUAAUGAAGUAUUUUCCAGAUUUAAUGCGCAAGCUUGGUGUGAUGGUUGAAUGUAGUGAAAGAGAGUACAUUGAUUUAUUGCUUAAUCUUAAAUUCAAAUUUCAAGAUCGCAGCUUACCUAAUGAAUUAUUGAAACAAAUUUUGUAUAAAAUUGUACCGUAUCUUUGCAAUGGGAAAUGUGGAAAAGGUGCUAAAAUAUAUCUACCAGACAGAACUGGUGUAUUACGGCUUGUUGGAGAUAUGUGUUUUAAAGAUGCAUAUUGGAUUCCCUACGAAAAUAAUGUCCACUACUCACACGAAGAAAUUUCAGAUUCUUGUUGCAAGAGAGUUGGUAUCAAACCUUCUCGAUCGGUCUACUUUCAGCGAAAUUCUGUUGGUAUUCCAUUCGGACAACAUGUGGACUUAACAACUCGUAUCAAGAUUUUGCUGAAGGGUUAUUCAGACACUGAGGAUGUUUUGAAAGAAAUUUUGCAGAAUGCAGACGAUGCUGGGGCGACAGAAGUAAACCUGACUCUUGACAUGAGAAAUCAUGGUACAGAGAAAAUAUUUUCAGACAAGUGGAAAGAGAUGCAAGGUCCUGCGUUGCUCGUUUCAAAUAACGGCGUGUUCACUCAACAAGACUUGUCUGCUAUCCAAGCUUUAGGACAAGGAAGCAAAUGUAAAGAACCGUUAAAAACUGGAAAGUAUGGCGUUGGAUUCAAUGCUGUUUACGGCAUCACGGAUUGUCCAUCAUUCUUGACAGCUAUAGAAGACGACCAUAGUGACGCGUUAGUUAUAUUUGAUCCUAACUUGAGAUAUGUUGAAGGAGCAACAGAAAUAGAACCGGGAAUAUUGCUUAAAAAUGGUAGACAAGAACUUGAAGAAAAGUACACUGAUGUAAAAUCAGCAUACUUAAUAGAUGAACACGAUUCCGAAGGGAAAACCUUAUUUAGAUUUCCACUUAGAAAUAAGGUAAUGGCGAAAACCUCAAAGAUUUCAAAUAAAGAAACUAACCAGAAAGAAGUACAGGAAAUGUUAUCUAAUCUAAAAAAGCAUGCACCAGCCAUGUUGAUUUUCCUCAGAAAUAUAAAAUCAUUAUCUUUCAAGUAUAUAACAAACCAGGGAGAGGUCACAGAAGAAAACUUUAAUGCAUGGGUAUAUGGAGUUACUGAAAAAAAGCGUAAAUAUUUUAUUAGUUGUCAAAAAACAUUGGCUAGGCAACUGGGAAAUGUAAGAUGGGUGACGGAAUUCACAAUAUCAUUACCAUAUAAGGUUUGUGUACAACACAAGUCGAAAGAUGGAACUUUUGUUUAUCACUUUGAUGUUAUUGAACAAUGUGGAUUUGACAACAUGAGAAAGCUUGACACGUCUAUUAUCAAGAUGAUCGAAACCAACGAAUUAUGUUUGAUUCCAAAAGGAGCCAUUGCAUCUAUUUCAAGUGAGACAGAAUGUGAAAGGUGUGAAAAUGUUAAAAAAAAGACGACUGGGACAACCGAAACUAAUUUUCACAACGUGUUUUGUACUCUUCCAAUUCCAAUAAGUUCCGGUUUAAAUGUUCUUAUUAACGGUCAUUUUAUUUUGGAUUAUGAAACCAGAAGAAAUCUUUGGAGCAAUGAAAGUCCAACAUUGGAACGAAAGUGGAAUAAUGCUAUACUUCUUCAUUGUGUUUUACCUAGUUAUUUAACGUACCUGCGCACAAAAGCUAAUGAAUUAUCUGUAUGUUCGAAAGGCUUCCAUGACAUUGAAGUUAUUAACCACAAAAUAGAGAGAUUUUACGAUCUGUUCCCUCAUUAUGUUGAUGAUAAAAACAACACUGACUAUUGGAAUAUUCUCAAUAUGAGAUUUUACAAACAUAUUUACGAACAUAAUGUUCCAUUAUUGAUCGUGUUUAAAAUUGCAGACGGGGAUUUAUUAUUUUGCAAGCCAAGAGACGAUUUUUUAGUCUUCACUAAUCCAGAUCAACUAAAUUAUUCUGAAUGUGGUUCAGAGAGAACAUUUUAUAGACCAUCAAUACUUCAGAUUCUUCAACAAAUUCAUAUAAGAGCAGACAUUCUUCCCAAAGUAAUAGCAGAUAAUUUUGAUCGAUGCAAUGCACAAUUGACUGAAGGAAGUCCAGCUAUUAUCAGAGGUAAAUUGAUUGAGCUAGAGAAAGACAUAUUACCAAAUUGGGAGACAAAUAGGAAUGUAAAGCAGACAGCUUUUAAGAGUGCUAAAAAUGUUAUAACUGUCUUAAGUUACUGCCUUUUGGAUACUAAAGGUAUAAAUGAAGCGGAUGUUCUUGAAGGCUUACCUCUUUGUCUUUUAGCAAACGAAGAUCUUGUUUCAUUUUCGCAUCAACAUCCAAAGUAUUUCACCAAUCAUAAUAAAAUCUUUAAAAAAGAAGAACAUGGAUUUACUCAUCAGGAAGUAAACCAAACAGUGCUUGAUGCAAAGUUAAGUUGGAUGAAAAUUACGUGCUUCAAGGAAUUUAAUAUUGACGAAUUUGUUCUAUUAUUACACGGUUUCUUGCAUAAAGAUACCUACUGCAACUCUCAAACUCCAAUUGAGAUUUCCAAGCCUGUUACAGAAUACUGGCUGUCGUUAGUGUGGAGAUUUUUGAUAUCUCUGGCUUCACAAAAUGCAGAUUUCGACCUUGUGUUAAAGAAAGUUGAAAAUUGGUCAUUAAUACUUGCCGAAAUAGAUAGAAAGAGCUAUCUGAUACCAAUAAACAAACGAAAAGGUGUUUUGAAUUCGGCCAAUUAUUCGGCACAUAUUGGUAGACAUGUAAUUACAGUUCUUAAAAAUGUCUUUCAGCCUGCCACAAUAUAUACAAAAAUGACUCGCUUACCAACUGACUUAUUCGGGUCAGUUAACAAGUCCACAGAUGUCAUAGAUGCAUUAACAUUGACUCACAAUUCCGGAAUCUCUCUUGCUUCAAUUGGUAAUGUUGUUUUAUCCUAUUUACAGUCCAUGUACAAAUCAAUAGAUUCUCAUUAUGCAUCAAACUUAAAGAGAUUGCCUCUGUUUGAGCAAUGGAAUGGUGACAUGACAUCAGUAACAGUAAAAGUCUGUGUGCUUCCUUUUGGAGUGCCAUUUAAUACACUGGAACGAUUUGAAAAGGGCGGUAAUUGCAUCAUUUUAAAACGUAACAUGGAGGUUGAAAAGUUGUACAAGCACCUUGGUUUUGUCAUAUGUGAGUUCGUUUCAUUUUACCAGAACUAUGUUUUUCCGCUAAUAUCCUCAUUGUCUGAUGACGCCAUCUAUGAGCAUAUGGCUGCUGUUAGAGAUUAUUUCGAAAGUCAUCCAAAAUUAACACAUGAAGCACAUAAUUUUGAGAGGACAAUAUCAUCCUUGAAAUUUAUUCGAAAUAGCGAAGGGCAAAAGAAAUCACCCAAUGAAUUAUUUGAUCCUAAACAUGACAUAUUUAAAUUGGUAUAUGGUAACAAAUACUUCCCAGAUGAUAUAUACCAGACACCAGACUGGCUUAAGUUCUUGCGAAUUGUGGGAUUGAUUUCUGCCAUAUCUCAAGAACUCUUUCUACAAUUCGCUAAAAAUGUCGAACAUAUAAAUAGAGAAGAAUCACUUUUGAUAUCAAAGUUACUUUGUGGAGAGCUUUUUGUUAAACCUUGUUUCAGAAACGUUCAUUUUCUUAACAAAAUCAAAUCCAUUUCCUUUAUAAUUCCAGACAAACUGAACAAGAAAUGGGAAAAAAUUCAUCCGAGCAGAAAUUCUACUUUAAACCGCAUAUGCUUUGAACAGUCUGUGCGUCAAUCUGAUGCUAUACUAGUAUGGACCACAAAGACUAUAUUGCCAAGCUAUGCUACACCAGCAUUUCAAUUUGAUGAAACCGAAGUCGACUAUGCAGCCAUUCUUGGUGUUAAAAAGGCUCGAUUGGAUUGCUGUCAAGAUAUUCUAAAUCACAUUCGUAACAUCACUGAAACAGACAUGGAAAAGAAGACCAGCAGUUGUAAAAUACUUGAUCAAGAAACAUCAGAAACAUUUGUCAACGUGUUAACAUCAUUUUACGAAUAUUUACGCACUGGAGAAUGCAUUGACAAAAGAAAUAUUUCAUUUUUAAAGUCAAUCAGUUUCAUUCUUGUUGAUAAAGAUCUUAAAAUUGACAAGAUCGAUAAAGCGGUGUUUUCAAGCGAACGUAUAAUAACUCCGUACAUCAAUUCCAUAGAUGUGAAACAUGGUAAAUAUUUUGAAACUUUCACGUUACUUGGCUGUUCAUAUCAUCCAAAUGCGAGACAAUAUUGCGCCUUGUUAAAAGAGGUCAAGACAGAAUUUGGUGCGAAAAAGCUGGAUGUAAAUAAUUUGAUUGUUGUAAAGAAGGCUGUUGUUUUUCUUAGUACUGUAUUGGUUAGAACCAAGGAUGAUUCGUUAACUUCGACUUCUCUAUAUUUACCUACUACUUCAUUUAAUAGUAAAGACGUGUGUUUAACGCUAUCAACGAAAACAAUUUUUGUGGAUGAUUUGAAAUACGAAAAUAGAUUACAAAAUUUCUCGGAACCAAUACUAAUACCAAAGUAUGAUGAUGUAGAAAUGAAUCAAAACGUUGAUGUAAAUGUUAAUCUAUUGAAAAACCUGCCUAAAGAUUUGAAACCAAAAGUUCUCAGUAAAGUGAUUGAGGAGAGAUUGACAUCUGAACUCCAUGUUGUGGAUGUCUCAAAAAACCACAUCAGUAAAAAGAUUGAGGAGAGAUUACAGUCAGAUCAGUUUCUUGCGUGUUUUAUGAGACUGUUAAAGCAUGAGGCCAAUGAAGAUUUUAAUAAUAGUGAUGUCAAUAAAGGUUUGUUGGAAAAAAAAGGAGAAGAAAUUUUCACCGCGCUACAGAAAGUAAAAGUAAUUGUUUUGUCCAAUAUCCAGACACAAUAUGCAUACAAAAAUGAUUUAAUCCCAGAUAGCAUUGUAGAGAAAUCAUUAUUUCUAAAAAAGAACAAAGACUGGUUAGAGAUCUAUUUUAAAGAAUCGCAGAGAGAAACCACUCUGAUGUAUUCCCAAAUCAGCACAGCUUUGUUGGAACUGUUCAGCAAUCCUCUGAAGAAAACACUGUUGCUUGUUCCAAUACUGCUGCAUACUUCUUUAUCUGAUUUAUCGUCGGUACUUGAUGGCGAAGGUAUAUUUCGUCAAGAAUCGGAUUCACAGUUUCUGAAGUCUGGUCAAAUUCCCACUCCAGGAGAUUUAGUGCCAUUAGAACUUUACUGUCUUCUCAAGUACGAUUUGUUGGAUUUUGAAAAAGAUGAAUAUGUAGCUGUUGAACGAGAAGAAAAUGGCAGAUGUGUUUACAUCUAUGGUAUAAUUCGACGUGUUGAUCGCAAUGCAGAUAAACUGCUUCGUGUGUACGGAGUACAAAUAUCUGCAAAUGAAAAUGACAUUGUCGAUGUAAAAACUACUGAUUUAUAUAAGUUUGAUUCAACGGCUACUGUAAUUCCAACAGAAGAUACAAGUCUCAUUUUGAGCGAUGCCGCUCCAAGCUGCGAUGGACCGUUGCUUCAAAAUGAAGAUGAAGGAAGAACAUUUGCAGAAAUAUGUGAAGAGAUCAUAAAAAUUCUUAAUGAUAUCAAAUCUUUGUCUGAAGAGGAGAAGAAAAAAGUAAUUCGUCGACUGUAUUUGAAAUGGCAUCCUGAUAAACAUCCAGAAAAUAGCAAAGAAUUGGCAACAGAAGUGUUUAAAUUUUUGCAGAAUGAAAUAGAAAAAAUAAAUGGCAAUCAUUCCCAAUUUUUUCAAAGCUGGAACCGGAGAGCUGAAAAAGAAUCAAAAUCUUACGAAGACUACUUCUUUAACUUUCAUCGUUCUUACCGAAGCUCUGCCUUUUCAAGUGAGCGAAGAAACGAUAGGCGUAGUAGCGGAAGAGCUGGCUUUUACAAUCAUAAUGACCAUGGUAGUAGUGCUAAAGGUGAUUCUCGUGCCAAUGAUAGUGGUAAUGGAAGAGAUGGUUUUGGUAGAGAUGUUGGUGGGUCUUCUGGUUAUAGAAGUAACUGUUUUCGUGGUAAUGGUGGCUUUGCUGGUGGCAGUAGUAAUUCUGCUGGUAGCAGUGGUAGAUUUGAACCAAAAAGGUCCAAGGGACUGGAAAGUUCUGAGCUAAGAGGUAGGCGUAGUGGGAAUUUUUUCUUUACGCCUCCAACUUUUCAAAGAAGAAAUCCUCAACCUAGUGAAUCAUCAAGAUGGUUCAAACAAGCUCAAUUUGAUAUAUCAUCUGCCGAAAACGAUAACACAAAUUCAUACGAAUGGAUAUGCUACAAAGCGUACCAGGCGUCGUUCAAAGCAUUAAAAGCUGCACGAUACUGCAUUGAUUACACAGAAAUUGAAGAGACGCCCAGCCUGGCUACAAUUGCUGAAACUGUGGACGACGAGGCACUAAAAUCGUUGGCAACUAAACUCGAAACCUUACUUGGAUCAAGUUCAGAAAUGCAGUACCCUGCUCGCAGAAACUUUGAUGUUCCACAUGAUCGAUACAAUAAACAGAAAUCAGAAAAAGCUAUGGCAAUAACGAAGCAGAUACUUCUAAUAGUUGAACAGAUGAUAAAGUUUUAACGAUAAGAUAGUAUAAAAGUUUUUUUUUGCUGCGUGGUAUUUGUAUUUUUAAUUGCUACCGUACUAACUGUUAGAUGGUAGAUUUUUUUUGUUCUAACAAUAAUUCUUAUUCAUGCAAAUUUUGAUUUAAACCAACAUCGGGUUACCAGAAAUUUUGUCGUCAGCUGUCUCAAGUUGAUGUAGCUACAGAGUAUAAGCGAUCGUCCUUUACAAAAUCUUGUCUUUUGCAGAUAAUUUCUUUUAGUGAUUAAAAUUAUUGUAAUUUUUUGUUAUAUAAUUUUAUAAGUGUUUUUUUGUUUGAAAACCAUUAAUUAGGCAGACCCUUACAUGAAGUUUCUUUUCAGGAGGACAAUAUCAUUUUAGUCUCUAAUCUAGACUCCGUAAAUGCCUUAUUUCAGUGUUGAUUAACCGAAGUGUGCGUCUACACAAAGCUCAGUUCGCACAACUACGAUAUAAAAAACUCCAUGUAAAUAAGACGAAAUUUCAUAUUGGCCUAGUAGCUUUGUGGUAGAGUUCGCUUCCAGUGCGGUAGGUCUUGGGUCAAACUCCAGCUGAUUUCUGCCAGAGGCUAUAAAAGUAUGAAUUCAUCCUUUCUGCUUAACGCUUAGCAUGAAAAUUUAGGAUUGCUAUCUUAGGCGGUUGUGUAGUUGUACCAUUGGUAUUCUUGCACGACUUACGUAGCCAAAAUUGGAGCUUUAAAUGCACUAUGGCCCCCUUUGCAGGACACUCUUUGACAGCAGGUCUAUCCUGGCUAAAUAAUUUAGAUAAUAAUAAUAAUAAAUCUUGUAUCAGGUCCAUGUAAAGACAUUUUUUUAUUCAUUCGUGCUAUAUAUGUAAUUGUUUUAUUCCCGUGUUCUCAUCGUACUAGAUCACAUAAGUCGAGAUAAAAUGAUUGAUUCCUUCGUCACUGCAUUAGUGAAAAAAAUAUUUUUCAUUAAGAUUACAACACAAAAUUGCAUUGAAAAUAAAUAUAUUUCAACUAGGAAUCAAAUCUUGAAUUAUAAUUUGAGUUAUCAGUGGGUGAUAGAAUCAUAUCUUAAAAUUGAUUAAACUGAUUUUAUUUUUGUUUGUUCAUAUUGUUCUUAAUAAUAUUGUUAGUAGUUGUAGUAACAUAGACUUAUUCAGGUUUAUAUAUUUUACUUUAGAAUAAAUUUUAGUUAGUAGUAACAUUUUUUUUUCUAAACCAAAAAAUAUACAAGACUAUCGUUGCUUC